CAACCAUGGCGUCCGGAGGUGGCGGCGACACCAUGCAGAUCACUCUGAAAACCCUCCAGCAACAGACCUUCAAGAUCGACAUCAACCCUGAGGAGACGGUUAAGGCACUGAAAGAGAAGAUUGAAUCUGAAAAGGGAAAGGAUGCCUUUCCAGUAGCAGGCCAAAAAUUAAUUUAUGCAGGCAAAAUCCUCAACGAUGAUACUGCUCUCAAAGAAUACAAAAUUGAUGAGAAGAACUUUGUGGUGGUUAUGGUGACAAAACCCAAAGCAGCAGCUACUUCAACACCAUCGCCAGCUACAACUCAACAAUCAAAUCCUGCUACCACUACUACAGUUAGUUCAUCUACAGCAGCAUCUGUGGCUCAAGCCCCAACUCCUUCCCCUGCCUUGGCUCCCACCCCUACACCUACAUCUGUCACUCCAACACCAACUGCAGCAGCUUGUGAACCUAUACCUACUAGUUCUCCUAAGGAAGAGAAACCAGCAGAGAAGCCGGUGGAAGCUCCUAUUGGUAUUAGCCCAACAUCUUCUGACAGUACCCUGGGUGACUCUUCUCAGUCAAACCUUUUUGAAGAUGCAACAAGUGCUCUUGUGACGGGCCAAUCCUAUGAAAAUAUGGUGACUGAGAUCAUGUCAAUGGGCUAUGAACGAGAGCAAGUAAUUGCAGCACUGAGAGCGAGUUUCAACAACCCUGAUAGAGCAGUGGAAUAUCUUUUAAUGGGUAUCCCAGGAGAUAGAGAGAGUCAGGCUGUGGUGGAUCCCCCCCAGGCUGCCAGCACAGGGGCUGCUCAGUCUUCAGCGGUGGCAGCAGCUGCAGCCACGACAACAGCAACAACUACUACUACUACUACUUCUGGAGGACAUCCACUUGAAUUUUUACGGAACCAGCCUCAGUUCCAGCAGAUGAGACAAAUUAUUCAACAGAAUCCUUCCCUUCUGCCAGCCUUGUUACAGCAAAUAGGACGAGAAAAUCCUCAGUUAUUGCAGCAAAUCAGCCAACAUCAAGAGCAUUUUAUUCAAAUGCUAAAUGAACCAGUUCAAGAAUCUGGUGGUCAAGGAGGAGGUGGGGGUGGCAGUGGAGGAAUAGCUGCAGCUGGAAGUGGUCACAUGAACUACAUUCAAGUAACACCUCAGGAAAAAGAAGCUAUAGAACGGUUAAAGGCAUUAGGAUUCCCUGAAGGACUUGUGAUACAGGCUUAUUUUGCUUGUGAGAAGAAUGAAAAUUUGGCUGCCAAUUUUCUUCUACAGCAGAACUUUGAUGAAGAUUGAAAGGGACUUUUUUCUUUUUAAUCUCAUACUUCACACCAGUGCAUUACACUAACUUUGUUCACUGGAUUGUCUGGGAUGAUUUGGGCUCAUAUCCAUAAUACUUGGUAUAAGGUAGUAGGUGGUUGGUGGUGGGGUGGGAGGGGAUAUAGGAAAUAGGGCAGGAAUAAAUACAGUGCAUGUCUGCUUUAAAUUAGCAGAUGCAGAAAAUCCACACAGUGUAAAAUACUAUACAACCAAAAAUCAGCUUUUGCAGGUAUUUAGUUCCUUCUGUAAAACUGUAGGUAACUUUUCCUAGGUUUUCACUCUUUUUAGUGUACUAGAUCCAGAAAUUUAGUGUAAUGCCCUGCUUCUUGUUUCUUUUGACUUAACAUUGGUUUUGGAGAGAGCCUUUGCUACCUAGAAUCUACAAUCUCUAUUUCAUGGCAACACUGGAUAAUGGCUUUGUGAAAUUCAAAAGAUUUUUGGAGCAACUGUAAACAUAAAUGCCAAAUUAUAGGUGGUUAUUUUUGCUGCUUCAAAUAUGUAUGAAAUUAGUGUAAGAAAGCCCAUUCUUUCAUGUUAAUUGCUGGGGGGCAGGGAGAAAUCCUUUCUGAUGAAAAUCAUUACUACUAUUUUAAAAUUCCUUGAUCAUUGAAUGUGAGACCCCUUCUAACAUGAUUUAAGAAGCUGUACACAUACAGGCAAAGUUAUUUUCCUGUCGAUGAUUUUUUUUUCUUUUGGUGAAAAAAAUGGUAGAAACCUAAUUACUGUUUACUUCAAUGUUAUAUUGCAGUAAAAGUUUUAAAAUAACCAUUGCAUGUUUGCUUUUGAUGUAUCCCAUUGUGAACUGAGCACUUUUGGGGCCUAUGGAGAAAUGUAGCAUCCACUCUCCCUUCUCUCUCCCCUCCCCUCAGCAGAAAUGUUUUGAGUUCCAACUGCUACCUUUUUUUUUUAACUGAUUAAAAAGCUGAUCCAGUUUAAAAUUGAAGGAAAUAUUUCAAGGCUAGUUUUCUGAUGCUUGUACACUUUUUCCCCUUUCUCAUAUGGGAGUAUAUGGCCAACUCAAGCCACUGGCAUUGUAUUGCUUUCUUUUAAAAAAAAAAGUUCAUAGAACUGUCUCCAGCAACUUUUCUUCCACUAGAACAAAAAGGGCAAAACCUAUUGGGAGGGUUGGGAAAUGGAAGCUGGUAAAAGAUAAAACUUUGGAAAAUAGACAAACAAUCAAGGUAACUCAUGGCAUAUUAAAAGGAAAAUCUUAAUAGCA